AUGAAGUUCCUCCUUACUUCCGAGGCAACCUUUUCGAAGCCUUUGGUUCUUACAAAAGGAAAGCCUUUGUUCAGAUGGAUUGUGAUUGGGCCAGCUCGUUCGGGGACCAACAUCCAUAUUGAUCCUCUUGGAACAAGCGCCUGGAAUGCUCUGAUUCAUGGUCAUAAACGAUGGGUCUUCAUUCAUCCGGAUGCACCACGCGAUCUUGUGCGAAUUCCGAAAGACCAACGUGGUAUCCACGCAAAAGAGGCCGUCACAUGGUUCUCUACCGUAUACAAACGUAUCUGUGACCAACGUAGCUGUAUACGGCAGUACACUAGCCCGUUUCGAAAAUAUCGGUAUUAG